AUGGUUUCAAAAAUAUAUGAGUUGAUAUUUGUUAUGGCACUUGCUUUUGCAACCAUCGAAAUGGGCAGGGCAAGUGAUCCCGACAUACUCACAGAUUUUAUAGUGCCAGAAGGUUCUCCUCCAGUCGAUGGAAACUUCUUCACAUUCACGGGCAUGCGACAACUUGUGGGUGCCCCACCACCAGAAAAGUUCAAGGUCCUUAAGGCCACCCUAGCUGAAUUCCCAGCCCUUAAUGGCCAAAGUGUCUCAAUGGCCGUGUUGGAGUUUCCUGGUGGCUCAGUGAACCCUCCUCACACCCACCCACGUGCUUCCGAGCUCUUGUUCCUUCUCGACGGAGGCCUCCAAGUUGGGAUAGUUGACACGACAAACAAGCUUUAUACGCAAACUCUACAAGAAGGCGAUAUGUUCAUUUUCCCCAAGGGAUUAGUUCACUUUCAAUUUAACAUCGAUGCCAGCAAACCGGCCAUGGCUGUAUCUGCAUUUGGGAGUGCAAGUGCUGGGACUGUGUCAAUCCCAAACACAGUUUUCAACACUAGCAUAUCGGAUGGGAUUUUGGCCAAGUCUUUCAAGACUGACAUUUCCACCAUUCAAAAACUCAAGGCCGGACUUGCUCAUUAG